UUGGGAGGCUGUGGAAUCCUUGGAGUAGGCAUCUGGCUGGCUGUUACCCAAGGAAACUUUGCCACCCUGUCCUCUUCUUUCCCAUCACUGUCAGCUGCCAACCUGCUGAUCGUCACGGGGACGUUUGUCAUGAUCAUUGGCUUCGUGGGCUGCAUAGGUGCCAUCAAAGAGAACAAGUGCCUCCUGCUGAGUUUUUUUAUCAUGCUGUUAAUCAUAUUUCUGCUGGAGCUCACCGUUGCGAUCCUGUUCUUCCUCUACUCCGACAAG